AUGAGGCCAAGUCUACAUUGUUCGAUAUACCUAACAUUUCUAUGGAUUCCUGUUUAUUAUGCAAAGGAAACACUUCAAUCUGCCCAAAGUCGGUUUAUAAACGAGCUCAGCCAGUAUACGAAGGAAUUGGAAAUCAAAAUUAAUACAAUCGAGGGCUUUCUGGCUGAAGUGCGUGCCAAGAGACAACAGUGGAGCCCAGACCCCGAGGCGUAUGUAGCAAAUCCGUUAAACAGUUAUGCGCUUACACGACGCCUGCAUGAGGAUUGGAGUUAUUUUGAGGCUUACAUUAGCGAAUCUGUGGGCCCAGCUCGAGUUGCGAACGUAAAUAAGCUGAUUGAGAUGGAGUCACCCAAGGUCGAGGAGUUGGAUAAGGCAAUGGAAGCACUUCUAUACCUACAGAGCCACUAUGAUUUGGAUGCGAAGCAGCUGUCUGAAGGAAUAAUCGAUCGCAACAAGUAUAGUUUUCAACUAAGCACUCUCGAUUGCUUUGCACUGGCUGAGUUCUGUCAGCAGAGAUCCCUUCAACAAUUCGCCUUGGCCUGGCAGAAGGCAGCCCUGGAGCAGUUUAACUAUGCUCAACAUGCCGAGCUGUAUGGUGAAGUAUAUCAACUGAGUAUCACUGAUUUAUAUAGAAUGUAUGUCACCAUGUUAUCUAACAGUGGCAAUAUCGAGGAGGCUUUGGAUGUGCUUAACUACGUCGCCGAUUCACACAUUUCACUGUGGCUGCAGCGACGAGCUCUGCAGAAGUUUGGUCAGCAACUGAAAGCAAACAAUCAGCACAAGCUCGAAUAUGUGACGACAGCACAGCGCGGCUGUCGAGGUCAGUUUCCAGCUGUGAGAAAAUUGUUCUGCUACUACAGUAAUUCCACUGAACCCUUUCUUAUGCUGGCACGCUUCAGAGUGGAGUUACUUAGCAUGAAACCCUAUGUGGCCCUUUAUCAUAAUGUCAUAUACGACAAAGAAAUUGAAGAACUGCUGAACAUAAGGCAAGACAGCAUAAAAUAUGAUCGAACUGAGCAAUAUGCUAGCAAAACAAUAAACUUAGAGCUGAAUCAUGCACUCCAUAAUCGCCUUAGGGCUAUGACGGGAAUGAAUCUGGACUUUGGCAAAGAUUUCGUGCUGCAGUACGACGGCUUGGCUGUAAAAGCUGAAAAGCAACAGUCUCGAUCGGGCAGUCUAAAAGCCUCCAUUACGCUUUUCUUAAACGAUUUACCGCAAGGUGGCGCUACUAUAUUUCCUGAUCAUCAACUUUAUAUAAAACCAGAAAAGGGCGCCGCGCUGAUUUCACAUGGUUUAGAGGCGCAGCGACGCCUGAACUAUUUCUCAUGUCCCGUCCUAGUGGGCUGCAAGUGGACUCUCACUCAGCGCAUAUAGAUAUGAUUCUAUGGACUCAACUACUCGUGCCCCUAAAACAGUUAAACGAUGAUUAAGGGUCUCAAUAUCCAUGCCGUCGUCAUCUGCAAAAACCUUUUCACAACACUCAAGAAUUAGAAAUGCAUAUUUAAUUGGUUUUCUCUGCUGCAGGUGUAUUUAA